AUGACAAUCAACGGAACUCCAGUCAAAGCUCCACUGACCUCCGAAGUAGUUCAUGGAGAAUCAACGGAUGAUCUCUUGAGACAAAUCGCCAAUCUGAAAUGGAAACUUGCUGAGAAAGAAGUGGAAGCAAAAGACAGAAGGAUCAAUGAGUUGAAUCUGGCUCUCAAGGAAACCGACAAAACUCACAUGGAGAGAUUCCAGUUCAUUGAGCAAGAGACGGAAAGAAGAGUGCAAUUGAUUGAGGAGGUUUGCGAGCAGAAGAUAAAAGACUUGAUGAUGAAGAGUCAAUAUUCUGAAAGAGACAAUGGAAUGCAGAACGAGAGCCAAUACGACAUUAGAGAUGGUUCCGUUUCACCACAACCAACGAAUGAUUUCGAUACGAUCUCUUGUGCGAAUGCUUUUGGAGCAAUGUCGGAUAAGCUUCAUGAGUCGGAGCAGAGAGUCAUCUAUCUGCAGAAUUGUCUCCACACUCAAAUCAAAUGGAUCGAGAAGCUUUUCAGCGAUAAUGCCAGAUUGGUUCCAAAUAUGUUGAUCCAUAACCAGGGAUGUCUCCCGAAAAGAGUACAAAUGAAGUUGCAAUACAUCAUGGGAUACAUCAAAGAGGAGGAUGAAGCCAGCUGGGUACAACCACCAACCGAGGUCAGAAUGAUGACGAUGAACCAGAGAAUGAACGAUGAUGUGGAUAACCUUCAGUGGAGACUCAGAGAUUCUAAGUUCUGA